AUGUCCGAACCCGGGAAAGACUCAGUUCCUACCAGCGCCGAUCCCAAGAGCAAGCGACCAACAAAGCGACGUCAGCUCACUCCUGUCUCUGAACAAGCAGACCAGAUCAACAGUCUUUUCAAAGAUCCGAGCAAGGACAUCCGUCUACCCGGCACGUCCACACACCGCACAGCCGAUUCCCUUGCGCCUCCCCCCGAAAUCGUCGCAAAUGUGCAGGGUUCGUCCGCCGGUGCAGGUUCGGGCGAGUUCCACGUUUACAAAGCCAGUCGGCGCCGAGAAUACGAACGUCUGAGACUGAUGGACGACGAGAUCAAGCGGGAAAAAGCAGACGAAGUCUUUGAGAAAAAGAAAUCGGAAAUCCAACGCAAGGACGACGAGAAGACAGAAAGGAAUAGGAAAAAGCGUGAAAAGCGCAAAGCCGCGGCAGCGAAAAACAAGAAUAAUAAAAACGCCAAUGGAGACACAGACGGUAUGAACGUCGAUAACGAUCAAGAAUCUGGGCCAAGGAAAGCUCCACGACUCGGAGCUCUCCCUCCACGUGAAAGAGAUAACGACUCGGAAGCAAAUGGCAAUCAAGACCAACAAACCUACGAAGAGCAAGGGAUUAUUAUCCAUGAUGAUUGA